AAACGUGACUUUGGGUAGGAAGUUUUGAAAGGUAUACGCGAGCGGUUUAUACUGAGUAAUCAGGGAGUUUGAAAGGGUUGUAUCUCGUUCUUUAUUCAUUUGAAUGACGACGGUUUCGCAUGUUUUAAUUUUGUAUGCAAUUCAUUAUUUUCAUUAAAAAAUACUUUUAGCUUAAAUCAACCAAAACACAUUAAACAAGACUGCCAGAGGCAAACUUCGGUCAUGAUGACCCCUUGAAACAUACUGAUAGCUUUGAAAAUAAUAUUUAGAUUCCUUUUAAAUGCGACUGAUGCUUAACGACCUAUUGACUUUUUUGUUUUAGAAAGGUUAUCACACUGUUGAAAUUGUAUAUUAUCUGUUAACAUUAUUUUACUAACCUGAUAAGGAUGACUGGCAUAGUUAUUGACUUGAUUCAAUUCAUGAUAACACCCAUGUUUCGGAGUUAUCUCCUCUUUUGAUAGCUGAUGGAAUCUCGUUGUUAUUCUGUACUCGUUAUUUUCUUCAGUCAUACCGCAUGUCAGUCAAAUACUUGCUUCAGAAUCUCAAUUAACCAUAGAUAGUUGACUGUGUUUAACUAAAUUUACUGUAAAUGAAUUAUUUUGUUAGCUAGAAAAGUAUCAGAAAGAUGUAUAAAAAGUCAUUAUAAUUCGUUUUCAAAUGCGACAUUGAAACAUGUAACCAUGAAAUAAAUUGGCAUAUAAUAUCGCUGCCUUUACUUAAAUCAUUUUAUGAGUUAAACUAUAUAUUUACAAAAAUACAAGUUAGGAUAUUUUUUCCUUAUGUUGUACUUCCCGAUGCGGUAAGUGUUAAAUGUUUGUAUCCGUGAUGUACUCAUAAGUGUGUGAUAUUGAAACAUGAGCGUUCAUUAGAAGUGGAUUUAUUUUUGAAUAUGAAUUUUAAAAGAGAUAAUGCUUGGAUAUUUCGACAGAUGUCACAAUUUCAAAUUAGUUUGGUUUUUGUAAUAAUGUUAAACUUAGGGCCUCUGCAAGUUGAAGCCUCACUCGAUAAACUUAUUGGAUGUUUUAAAGACGGUCAUCACCGAGUGCUGAAUGGAAACACGACAGAUCUAUACCCAAACGGAAGAAAGGAAUGUAAACAGUAUUGUCAAGGCUACAGAUAUUUUGGUACAGAGAGUGGCGAAGAAUGUUUUUGCGGAAAUGAAAUAAGGUUUUAUAACAUGACAGCACUGUGUACCUACAUAUGUGAAGGUAAUCCGGAUGAAUACUGCGGUGGUCAUUGGCGAAUCAUGAUAUACGACACACAGUCAUAUGUAAAUACGUCGACAACAUCAUCUACAGAAAAUAGUGCGAGUACACAUCGCGUAACUGAGACUAGCAAAAGUACCAGUCCACAGUCGAGUGUAAAUCCCAUGAUUGAAACUAGCAAAAGUACCAGUCAAAAGCCAUCAACAAAUCAUGAUACUUUAUCUACACAUAAACCAGUUAGGAAAACGAAUACAGGUGAUGACAAAAUUUCUGUUUCCUAUUUGUAUAUUUUAUUACCAGUGGGAAUUGUCGUUAUAGCUGUGAUAUUGGUUAUAAUUUUCUGUAAGAGGCGGUAAGUAAAGCUUCCAAAUUAUUAUUGUAUAUUACUUCCCAAGCCAUUUAGGGGGAAAAUACGUUAACUUACAGUGUGUUUUACAUGUAACAUGUGUUUGAAUAUUAUUUAUGUUUUUUUUCAGUUCCUUCAACCAUACAUAAAUCAUUUAUUGUCUAACCAUUAUUAUCGUAAAGAAUAAUGACAAUAUCGACUAAAUAGGAGUGACCAAUACUGGACAAAGCGUUUAUUUAUCGUUCAUUAACUCAAACACACAUUAGUUUCAUGAUAAAAAAUAACCACGAAGAAUGAGUGGUAAAUGUGUCCGUGAACAAAAAUCUAAAA